UUUGCCUUGAUUAAUUAUAUUUCCUUCAGCUACUAACAAAAGUACACAUAUACAAGAUGCCUAUCAGAUACAUUAGUCAGAAACUCGCUCAGCAAAUCGAUGUGGAGCUCAUGUCAGCUUCUGGAGCCUUCUCCCUUGAUCAGUUGAUGGAGCUUGCUGGUCUCUCAUGUGCGCAGGCUUUGGCGAAGAGUUUUCCGCCCACGAAACAUAAGCAUGUGAUGGUUGCUUGUGGGCCUGGUAAUCAGGGUGGAGACGGCCUCGUAGCGGCUCGACAUUUGCACCAUUUCUCAUAUACCCCAACCGUCUACCUCCCUAAACCCUCUUCCAAAGACUUUCUCCAACGCCUUGUCAAACAGUGCGAAAACCUCAAUAUCCCAAUCCUCAAAGACGUUGACGCCUUUCAAACCGAACUCGCUAAAUCCGACGUCAUUCUCGACGCCAUUUUUGGAUUCUCCUUCCAGCCGCCAUUGAGGAAGCCUUUUGAUCAAGUGUUGAAAGCGAUCAAAGGUGUAUCAAAAAAGAUCCCGAUAGUUUCGGUGGAUAUUCCCUCGGGAUGGUCGGUGACGGAUGGUCCGCAGCCGCUUUGGACGGAGGAGGAUGAUAAGGGGGGGAAGGAGAUGAUAGAGACAUUUGAGCCGGAGGUGCUUGUAAGUUUGACGGCGCCGAAAGAGGGAGUGAAAGCGUUUAAAGGGCAGCAUUGGCUUGGAGGAAGGUUUGUUCCAGACGAGCUGGGCAAGAAGCACGAGCUUAAUAUUCCACCUUACGAAGGGAUCGAUCAAGUUGUCGAGCUUCCUCGUAAUCACUGAAUCCAGCGCUCGAAGCUGUAAAUCCAUUACAAGCUUGUAUGUGGAGGGGGGUGACAUGUGAAGUUGUACAGAUAAUCUGAGAAUAAUGGAUGAAGAAAUAAACAGUACAGUAUUUACUUUUCUGAUAUACUUGAUGCGUAAAGAUGA